AUGGAAACCAUAAUGAAGAUACAGGGAAAGUCAGCCAAAACAUCUUUCACCUUGAUGGAGACAGAAAAUGCCUUUGUUCAUAGUCGCUCAUGUCUCGGGAAGAGACAAGAGCUCUGGUCUCGGGAGGAGACAGAGUGUGCUUGGGAGAUCACCAACUGCCACCUGGAAGACGUUCCAGGAAGUCUGUGGGAACCUCAGGGACGCUUGGGAGAUUCCCGUCGGGGAGCCGGUGACACCAUAGCCGGCUGCAUUUGCCAGACUUUGCACUGCUGUGACAAAAUAUCUGAUCCGAAGAACAUCACAGAUUUCCAGACACAGUAUCAGACAGCAGGACUCACCAACAAACCGGUCCUGGCAGCACCUGCCCAGAGGCCAGCAGUCAUCCUAGCAGCAGCAUUGCUUCUGGCAGCAGCACUUCUGCUGACAACAGCCCUUCCCACAGCCACAUCCACAGCCACAGCCACAGGAGCCACAGCCGCAGGAGCGGCAGGGGGAGAGGGGGGGGGGGGACGGCCACCGCCACAGCCGCCACAGCCGCCACAGCCGCCACAGCCGCCACAGCCGCCACAGCCGCCACAGCCGCCACAGCCGCCACAGCCGCCACAGCCGCCACAGCCGCCACAGCCGCCACAGCCGCCACAGCCGCCACAGCCGCCACAGCCGCCACAGCCGCCACAGCCGCCACAGCCGCCACAGCCGCCACAGCCGCCACAGCCGCCACAGCCGCCACAGCCGCCACAGCCGCCACAGCCGCCACAGCCGCCACAGCCACAGCAACCCAUGUUGUCAGUAGAGAGGACUCAGGGUGACUGUGUUGCUGAGGCUAAUCUUGAACUCCUGGGCUCCUGUGAUCUCCCCACGCAGGGUGACUGUGUUGCUGAGGCUAAUCUUGAACUCCUGGGCUCCUGUGAUCUCCCCACGCAGCCACCACAGCCGCCACAGCCGCCACAGCCGCCACAGCCGCCACAGCUGCCACAGCCUCCACAGCCACCGCAGCCACCACAACCACAGCAACCCAUGAUGUCAGUAAAGAGGACUCGGGUGAAGACUUUGUGCUCCAUUGCUGUGGGAAGGGCUGUGGCUGUGGCUGUGGCUGUGGGAAGGGCUGUUGCCAGCAGAAGUGUUGCUGCCAGCAGAAGUGUGGCUGCAAGAAGUGCUGCUGCUAGGAUGGCUGUUGUCUCUGCUUCUAAACUAAGUACAGCUUGGAGCCUUGCUGGCUGCAUUUGGAUAAACCCAAACUCAAAGACAGUGUUCAGUUUGCCCUCGUGCGAAUUGGAAUUACCGCAGUCACUGUACCUAUACGCUGUGCUUUCUGGUCACCCCUACAUAUCUACUCCACAGAUGACAAAUGAGGUCCUUCCUGUUUGGACAUACUCCUACCUGGCGAUGCUGCCCCCUGUGUUCGUCCUCACUGAUUACCUGCGCUACAAACCAGUCAUCAUAUUACACAUCAUGGCCUUCAUCGUUUGCUACCUGAUUCUUUUGUUUGGCCAGGGUGUGAUGCUCAUGCAGGUGGCUGAGUUCUUUUUUGGGGUUGUCUCAGCUACGGAGAUAGGCUACUAUUCCUACAUAUACAGCAUGGUCAGCCCAGAACACUACCAGAAAGUGAGCAGCUACUGUCGGAGUGUCACUCUUGUGGCCUACACAGUAGGCUCGGUGCUGGCCCAGCUCCUGGUAUCCCUGGCAGCUCUGCCAUACUCUUUCCUCUUUUACACAACCUUGGCCUGUGUCUCUGUGGCUUUCUUUUUCUCGCUUUUUUUACCAAUGCCUAAGAAGAGCAUGUUUUUUCAUACAAUGUAUGACAGAGAAGCCCAUCAAAAGCCACUGGGACAAGAUACUGUCCUUGAGGAAGCUCAGAAGAACAACAAGACAGCUCACCCAGAAUUGCCUGCCACUUCAGGGACUCCAGGGAACAUCAAGCCAAGGGGCCCAGAGCCAGAAAACGUGGCUUUGAGAGUCUUUGUGCAUUGGUUCCAAGACCUGAAGGAGUGCUACUCCUCCAAGCACCUUUUGUACUGGUCCCUGUGGUGGGCUUUCGCUACGUCGGGUUAUAACCAAGUCUUGAACUAUGUUCAAGUCUUAUGGGAACACAAGGCACCCUCCCAAGACUCUUCUAUUUAUAAUGGAGCAGUAGAGGCUGCUGCCACAUUUGGAGGAGCUUUGGCUGCUUUCUCUGUGGGCUACGUGAAGGUCAACUGGGACCUCCUAGGAGAACUGGGUCUGGCCAUCUUCUCAGCUGUCAUUGCCGGCGCUCUGUUUCUCAUGAAUUACACGCUCAGCAUCUGGGUGUGCUAUGCCGGCUAUUUGCUGGUCAAGUCUAGCUAUAUGUUUCUUAUAACCAUAGCAGUGUUUCAGAUUGCUGUUAACCUGAGCGUAGAACGUUAUGCCCUGGUGUUUGGCAUAGACACUUUCAUUGCCUUGGUGAUUCAGGCCAUCAUGACUGUGAUUGUGGCUGAUCAAAGAGGACUCCACUUGCCAGUCACCACUCAGUUUUUGGUUUAUGGAAGUUACUUUGCUGUCAUUGCUGUGGUCUUCCUAAUGAGAAGCACAUAUAUUAUCUACUCAGCCAAGUGCCAAAAGGAAGUAGAGAGCCUUGCUGUCUGUGAGAGUCCCAAUGAGCCACACCCACAACAGCCGAGAGAUGUGUCAACCAAGUUCUGA